UCACGACAAUCUUUGAACGAUAGCCGGCAGAGAGUAUUUUUAUUUGCCGGGAAAAUUAAUUGCACGAAAGAGCAGUUUGUCAACGUGGAAGAAUCUUCGGCGUCCACAUCGAUUUCCAGCAAAUCGGAAUCACCAGCAAAUACUGCUUGAGACCACUAUUUCAAAAUCCCCUCUCCCUUGCGACUUGCGACUUGCGAGCUUCGUUAAGAGCAUAAAGUAUACAACAAAACAAAGAGCUCGAAACAACCAUUAAUGUCGAAGACCGUUAAAAUGCUUGUUUGUGUUGGUAUCCGAUACAUAUAGGCCUGCAGCAACGAUUUCAGCAUCCACAUCUCGGUCGAAAAGAAAAAGAGCGUUGAUACUGAAUACUUUUUUCUUUUGGCCAUUUUCUAUCGAUUCACUUGGAGGGAUCUCGUCCGUUGAUUACUGGCCGGCUAGGGUUUCUGCAAUUAAACAAAAUAUUUUCGGAUCACGCGAUUUCAGUUUUGCUUUAUAUAGGUUCGGAAGUACUGCGGUUGCCGAUGUUCGACUUGUCCAUUACAAUGAGCUACAACACUUGAGUUUGUAUCUCUAUUUCGCUUGUGUUAGAUCCAUGGAAGCAGAUUCUGAGAAUUUGAUGUUGUGAGUCUGCAGUAAGGUGUUUACUUAAGGAAUGUCAGAGGUUACGGCUUCGAAGUCAUGGUCAGAGGAGCUCGCGAGCCUUGUUGAGGACACAGGGAUAAGAUAUACCGACGACGGAAUUGGAACCGCUCCGACGGCCGGGGAAAAAAAGAGGACAGACUUUACCAGUAGUGAGGGGCUUGGAGGCGAUGCGGCUGAAGUAGAGAGCUUUAAGGACCAAGUUAAAGGAUUUUUGAAGGCUGUUGCUGAAAUGCUCCAUGAGUUGGCCAGGGGUUGCAGGGAUAUAGUGCAACAGACUCUUGGGAACGAGGCUUCAUUUAUUGCGGAAAGGGUGGCAGGUCCCUGGGCAAAGGUUUCGAAUAGAUUAAGAUUCAUGAACGAAUUAUUGCCGGAGGACCGGGAUCCAGCUCAUGCGUGGCCGGUUGUGUUUUUCGUUUUUAUCCUUGCACUUGCAGUAUUGAGCAUAAAUACUGGGCGUGAUAGUACAGUUCCACAGACAAAGAAAGUGUAUGUACAUCCUCCUAGCGCUAGCCGCUUUCAACUUCCAGAUGGGAGAUACAUGGCAUUUUAUGAGCAAGGUGUUCCCACUGAUAGGGCUAGAGUUUCCAUGAUUGCUCCACAUUACUUUCUUUCUUCCCGACUUGGAGGGAUACCUGGAAUUAAAGAAUCACUGUUGGAGGAGUUUGGUGUUCACAUGGUCACAUAUGACCUUCCUGGCUUUGGGGAGAGUGAUCCCCAUUCUAACAGGAAUCUUAACACAUCUGCCUGGGAUAUGUUAUCUGUAGCAAAUGCUAUUGGUGUAAGUGACAAGUUCUGGGUGGUGGGUUACUCAACUGGAAGCAUUCAUGCUUGGGCUGCGCUGAGACAUAUUCCUGAUAGAAUUGCAGGUGCAGCCAUGUUUGCUCCAAUGGUUAAUCCUUAUGAUUCAAAAAUGAGUAAGGAAGAGAGAAAAAGAACUUGGGAGAAGUGGACACCUAGAAGGAAAAUGAUGUACUUUCUAGCCCAAAGGUUUCCAAGAUUUCUUGCUUACUUCUACAAACGGAUCUUCCUAUCUGGAAAGCAUGGUGAACUUGACAAGUGGUUAUCAGUAUCACUAGGGAAGAAGGAUAGAAUUCUGAUAGAGGACCCAAAGUUUGAAGCAUUUUGGCAGAGGAAUGUGGAGGAAUCCAUCCGCCAAGGAAAUCCAAAACCAUUUGUGGAGGAAGCAAUACUACAGGUGUCAAAUUGGGGUUUUAACCUUGCAGACCUUAAGGUGCAGAAGAAGCGCCUAGGAAAAGGCAUCCUUCCUUGGCUCAAAUCCAUGUACAGUCAAGCUGAUUGGGAGUUGACAGGCUUUCUUGGCCCAAUACACAUUUGGCAGGGGAUGGAUGAUCAGGUUGUGCCACCAGCAGUGACUGACUUUGUGCACCGGAUUCUACCAGAGGCUAUAGUGCAUAAGCUUGUCGAUGAGGGCCAUUUCUCGUAUUUCUGUUUCUGUGAUGAAUGCCAUAGACAGAUUUUCUUGACUCUUUUUGGAACACCGCAAGGCCCUCUCAACAGGACAAUUGAGCCUAAUCAAAUUAUUUUUGGGGAGAUGGAUGGUCCAGUUGAGGUUCCCAUUACUGAUUCUACCACCUAUUGAAAUAUAACUUCUGCUUUAGUUUCAUCAAAAUUUCUGGUAUGGAUUCGGUUCAGUUUGAGAAAAGAACUCCUGUAAAUACUACACUUCUGCUUCAUUUAAUUGUGAUGCGAAAUUGCCUACAAGUUUGUAGUCAAAUUCCCAUUUCUUUCUGCAACGCAACAGGAAGGAGAUGAACGCAGAAUGCAUGGAGAGUUUUGGAUGAGAUGUUGAAUAAAGUGAAAACGGGAACAAUUUUAAUUGUGUUUCGUCUCCCUUUCAAGGAAAUGGUUUGCAGCGCUUCCUAUGUUGUAAAUUUUGAAUUCAACAAUGGAUUUGUGCCCUGUAAAGCUUUUAAUGUACCAAAAAUGGAUUUCAGUCACCACUCAAAGUGAAUUUUGUGGCCAUUGCAGGCUUUGCAGAAUA